AGCCUAAUUGGGCUCAAAGCCCAAGAAACAACAUUGCAAACAUUCCUUUAUCGCCGACGCCUAGGAUUGCAACUAUACGACGUCGUUACCAUUGUUGUCAUCACACUCUACAUCAACACACACACCAACAGCGAAGUCCACAACAGUUUGUGUUGUGAAUCUGAAACAUGGGAAGCGUCGAUUUGAGGUACGAGGUUGCACAAAACGCAUACAUCAAACUCGUCCUUCACUCCCUCAAACACCCCUCCUCCGCCGUCAACGGCAUCUUGAUCGGCCGCGUCUCCCCUUCCAACGACACCGUCGAGAUCACCGAUGCCGUUCCUCUCUUCCACUCUCACAUCCCUCUUCUCCCUCAAUUGGAGAUCUCCCUCAUUCUGAUAGAGGAAUAUUUUUCCGCUAAAGGGUUGAACAUAGUUGGGUAUUUUCACGCGAAUGAGAGGUCUGAUGAUCACGAGCUCGGUGGUGUGGCAAAGAAUAUUGGUGACCACAUCUGCCGCUACUUCCCCCAAGCUGCUAUCCUCUUGUUAGAUAAUAAGAAACUUGAAGGUUUGAAAAAGAGCAAGGAACGCGGUGCUGUGAUGCAGCUUUAUCUUAGGGAUGCAUCUAAGAACUGGAAGUUGGCUCAGCCAGAUGGGAACAGUCGUUUCUCUCUCAAAGAGCCAUCAGCAAAUCUGGUCUUAUCAGACUAUAUUUCAUCUGAGAAAUGGAACAACAUUGUAGAUUUUGAUGACCACCUCGAUGACAUAAGCAAGGACUGGCUAAACCCAGGGCUCUUUAACUGAUGCCAGCACUUGGGAGUUCCAUCUUUACCGAAUUUACUUUGCAAGUGGAUGAUCCUCAGGCAUAAGAUGAUAAUACAUAUGCCAGAUUCUCGAUGAUGAAGAAUUAGGGAACAGAUUUUGACAUGGGAAUGCUGUUUCAUGAUAAACUUUUUCAGAUGUAUAAGCAGGAUAUUUAACAGCUGCUUAACAAUCUUCACUCGCCUUCCGCCUGCAAGGGUUUUGGUCGGAGAGCCUUUGUAUUUUUAGGAUGUACGUAUACUACAUUGGAGUUUGUUGGUUUUGCUUGUGACCAAUUGUCAUAUCCUCCAUUAUUUCAGUUGAAUCCCAUAAAUUGCCUAGAUUUAUCGGUCAA